GAUCCUGCGGCCAUUGCAGAUUCAAUGUCAACUCACCAGACAAGCGUGGGGAAAAAAGAGGACAGACUAUUGUCAUCCUCUGCAAGGAGAAGAGCUCAAGUAUUUAAUGCUAGAGAAUCGUUUCGUCUCAAAGAAAUGUGUAGUGCAGUAGAUCGAAUGAAAUAUGUUCGCGAGAAUGGAUAUCGGAAAGAGAAGGAAGUCCUAGAGCAGACGUUGACCAAUCUCCGAUCUUCACACAUCACUCUGCCUGACAUUGGUGCAGACAGAAAACUGCCACGUUGCGCAAAGCCCUUGACAAGAAAGUCAUCCGCCCCUGGACUACUUUUUGGACUUCCACGUGAUGUUGCAAGUGCUCGUAGUAGUGUGAGGUCGGUACAAGCAAAGAGGAAGACAUCUGAACCAGUUCAGGGCUCAAUGAUGGUGACACCUCGACGUCAGAGAGCCACAGUGGAGAGUGACAUUGACGAAGUGCAAAGAAAGAGUUUCACAAGAGAAACCAUUGGGCCCAGACGCUUGUCUGUUGUGAAUAGCGAAAUGGAAUUCAUUGAAAACAAACUAAAGAGAUCAACUAGCGUACUGAUAGACUUGGAAAAGUUGAAAAGUGUUGAAGCAAGAGCAAAGUCACCAAGUAGAAAAAACAGUAGCGUGAGCUUCAAUGAAAGCGAUGAAGAGCAACAUCAACCCACCUAAAUGCAUGACUUGAUAUGCAUAUGGUUGCUAUAUAUGCAUGGCAGCUUUGCUCUAGAGAUGCUAGCUAGACAAAGCUAGAUAUUCAGCUACAUCAUUAACAUCAUUAACUAGGCAUGCAUCCAUGAGCAGUUCACUGUUGCAUGGUAUGCUUAUAUGCAACAAAUACAUUA